GGUCCCCGCGCGCGAGCCGCCGCUGACAUCACCAGGCCUGAGGCGGCGGCGGCGCCCCCGGCCCAGCCCGCAGCCCCCCUCGGCACAGGCGCCGCCGCGGGGCCCGGCGGAGGAUGGUGCGCGGCGCGCCGGGGGCUCCCCGCCGCCAGAGCCGCAGCACCGAGGCGGAGCCGUCCGCGGCCGGCAGCCGACCCCCGCAUCGGGCGCGGGGCGAGCGGCCGCGGUGAGGCGCCGAGGGCGGCGCGGGCGCAGCGGCCAUGGGGGCCCUGACCAGCCGGCAGCACGCGGGCGUGGAGGAGGUGGACAUCCCGUCCAACUCCGUGUACCGCUACCCGCCCAAGUCCGGAAGCUAUUUUGCCAGCCACUUCAUUAUGGGAGGAGAGAAGUUUGAUUCAACUCACCCCGAAGGCUACCUGUUUGGAGAGAACAGCGAUCUGAACUUUCUGGGGAACAGACCAGUUGCGUUUCCUUACGCUGCCCCUCCUCCCCAAGAACCAGUGAAGACUCUGAGAAGCCUGAUCAACAUCCGAAAGGAUACACUAAGACUCGUCAAAUGUGCCGAGGAAGUGAAGACCCCGGGGGAAGAGGCCGGCAGAGCGAAAGUCCAUUACAACGUGGAGUUCACCUUUGACACGGAUGCUCGGGUGGCCAUCACCAUCUAUUAUCAGGCCACCGAAGAGUUCCAGAAUGGGAUUGCCAGCUACAUCCCCAAAGACAACAGCCUGCAGUCAGAGACGGUGCACUACAAGCGUGGGGUAUGCCAGCAGUUCUGCCUGCCCUCCCACACCGUGGACCCCUCCGAGUGGGCUGAAGAGGAGCUUGGCUUUGACCUGGACAGAGAGGUUUACCCGUUAGUGGUCCAUGCUGUGGUGGACGAAGGAGACGAGUAUUUUGGCCAUUGCCACGUCCUGCUGGGCACUUUUGAAAAGCACACAGAUGGGACUUUCUGUGUCAAGCCCCUCAAACAGAAACAAGUAGUGGAUGGGGUCAGCUACCUACUUCAGGAGAUCUAUGGAAUUGAAAACAAGUACAACACACAAGAGUCUAAGGUGGCUGAGGAUGAAGUGAGUGAUAACAGUGCCGAGUGUGUGGUGUGUCUCUCGGACGUGCGGGACACCUUGAUCCUGCCGUGUCGUCACCUCUGCCUGUGUAACACCUGCGCGGACACCCUGCGCUACCAGGCCAACAACUGCCCCAUCUGCCGACUGCCCUUCCGGGCACUGCUUCAGAUCAGAGCCAUGAGGAAGAAACUGGGCCCCUUGUCCCCAACCAGCUUUAACCCCAUCCUCUCAUCCCAGACAUCCGACUCAGAAGAGCAUUCAUCCUCAGAGAACAUUCCACCGGGUUAUGAAGUGGUGUCUCUUCUGGAGGCCCUCAAUGGGCCCCUUACCCCAUCCCCGGCAGUCCCCCCACUCCACGUGCUUGGAGACAGACGCCGCUCGGGAAUGCUGCCUUCCUACGGCAGUGACGGCCACCUGCCUCCUGUCCGGACGCUCUCCCCCCUCGACCGCCUGUCCGACUGCAGCAGCCCAGGACUCAAGCUCAGAAACAGUCUCUCCAAGUCCAUCUCCCAGAAUUCUUCUGUGCUGCACGAAGAGGAAGAUGAGCGUUCAUGCAGCGAAUCUGAGACGCACCUGUCUCAGAGACCGUCAGCCCAGCAUCUCAGAGAGGAAUGUGGCAUCACCCCAGAAAGUGAGAACCUGACCUUGUCAUCGUCAGGAGCUAUUGACCAGUCGUCCUGCACGGGGACCCCUCUCUCCUCCACAAUUUCCUCCCCAGAAGACCCUGCCAGCAGCAGUCUGGCCCAGUCGGUCAUGUCCAUGGUGUCCUCCCAGAUCAGCACCGACACCGUCUCCUCCAUGUCCGGCUCCUACAUCGCCCCUGGCACGGAAGAGGAGGGGGAGGCUCUCCCCUGCCCCCGGGCUGCCAGCAGGACCCCCUCGGAAGAAGAAGAGGUGACACCGGCGGCGUCUCCAGACUGCAACUUUGCGGGCCUCGCCGCCGCCGCCGCCGAAGAGCAGGAUGCAGAGGGAAAUGAUGUUCUAGAAGAAGAGGACGGAUCACCCACACAAGAAGAUGGCCAGAGGACAUUCGCAUUUCUAGGUAUGGCGUGUGACAAUAACAAUGACUUUGACAUCGCCAGCGUGAAAGCACUGGACAAUAAGCUGUGCUCUGAGGUCUGCUUACCCGGUGCCUGGCAGGCUGAUGACAACGUGGUCAGUCGUCGGAACACGCAGCGCCGACGCUUAUCUUCUGGCAGCCUGGAGGACCCCGAGAACAGGCUCUGCGUGUGGGGUCCUUUGGCCAUCUGAGAGCCCUAGCCCCUGUGCCAGGGCUCUCCUCCCGUCCUCACAUCCCAUUCUGGCCUCAUGGCACCACUGACCUCCUGGGCAUCCUCAGCAAGACACGUGGAGACUUUUUAGACCCACGUGAAAGCUGGAUGCUGAGGGCACCUGCCCCUUCUCCCAGACUCAUCUUCUUCCUCAACCGUGAUCCUUCCCCUCUCAGAAGGGACCGGAAGCCUCUUUUCUCCUUGUGGGCUAAAGCCACUCAAUGAACUGCAGCUCAUGAGACCCUUUGCAGAGACUCUCUGGAAUGCUUCCACUGUAUCUUGAUCUUCAGGUGGAGCUGUGGUCCACGGACUGGUUAAUUUCUUGUGCAUCUUUUUUUCUCCUUAGGAGGUAGACCAAGAAGACUCAAGAGUUUGGGUGACUUCAUUACAAACACCCAUCUGGCAUUUUCUAGUCUCUGGGACAUCAUAACCAAUCUGAAACCUGCAAUUUGGGGUGGGGUUGGGGGAUGACUCCUGUGAGAAGGGAAAGCCGCAUUGCACUGUAAGUGGGGUUUCCCUCAAAACGCAUUAGGAGCUCCUUUCUCAAGGACAAGAAGCAGUGGCAACCAUCAGAAGGCUGGUUGGGAAAACAGUUCUUGCUUCUGGUAGCAGAGGCUGUGCCUCGUGUGUCUGUCUGCUUAGGAAGGAGGCCUUGAAUCUGAGAAUCCCUCAGUUAAAUGAUUACCUACCGGGGAGUUAUUUAUGAUCAGGUGCACUCAGGAAGGCCCGGGGCUCCAUCCUAAGGUGACACUGCAAAAGCAUUUUUGACCCCCUCUAUGUACCAGGCACUUGUUAGGAACUGUCGUAUGUUAUCACGUUUCAUCACUACCACCCUGUCAGGUGGCAUUCUUAUCCCUGCUGCCCCCGUCUCCACCCCGCUUUUCUUAAAUAGUUGAAGAAAUAGGCUGAGAGAGGGGUGGACCGGUGGUCCUCAUUUGGUGCCCAGGAACCCCAAAGGAGGUUGGGGGAAGGGCUGAGCUGGGGUCAGCGGUGGUCUGGGAGGCUCCCCACCCCGCCGGUUUUCCUCCCCUGUCCUCCAGAUCGGCUGAGCCUGGUGGGGGGAGGGGGAGGUACUGCCUUCCAUAGGCUCACUAGAGAUUUAGAGAUGUUGUUGUUCAAAUCACGUGUCCACCCCACCUCAGUCCAGUGUAGAGCAUAUAAAUAACAGCCUGAAACAGCAAGACCGUAAGCGGUUGGCUGUUCGUCUCUCAACACUAGUGAUAUCAGUGGAUUCCUCAUAGCUCUCUGAUAGAUGCAUUGUCUGCUGGCUUUUGGAAGAGGUGGUUGUGUAGUGGAGCAUGAGAUUGAGAAGCAAAGUGGGAUCCAACAGUUUGUGAGGCUGAGAUGUGACAGAGCCCUAGGCUGGGCCCACCAUGAUGGCCUGAAUUAGUAGUUGGAAUUGCUGCCCUAGACGAGCUUUUCAGGGUCCUUCCCAAGGCCUCAAAGAGAGCCCAGUGCCGGGGAUCUUUUGCACCUCCUGUGUGGCGUGUUUGCGCCGCCGGGUGGGUGGUGACCCUCACUGCCUGGUGGUUGUGCUUCACAUCCUGCCCUGGGGGUGGGCGGUGGGGGGGAGGCCUGUGGUCCUGACAGACACUGCAUGAGCCAAGCCUGAAUCUCAGCUUCUGCCUUGAGUUCCCGUGUCCACCCGCUCUGAUAUCCUGCAGUGGACUCUGCUGUUUCAGGCCCCAUUUAAUGUCCUUUCUUUCCCCGAAACAUUCUUACAGCCCCUUUCAUAUUGAACAUUCAAGCAAUAACCCCACUUCCUGAUUUCCUUGAAGUCUGAGCCUGAGAAGCACUAGGGAAGGGGGCGCUCCCUUAGCCUGGGGUGGUGGCAUACAGAUCCACCUCCUCUCCCGGCAGGUAGUAUUCACAGCGUGGUGUUACCUGAGAUGAAGGAGAUGCAGGUAAACAGUAGCCACAGUGGCCAGGAACCCUAAGAGGAAGCCACUGUCUUCACCCUUUCGGGAGGGUCUGUCUUCUCCCAGGAAGAGGCUCAGAGAGAUUCCUCAAGGCCUUGCUUCCAUAACCAAGACAUACCUGGGUGAGAAAUGGCCCUUCACUCCUGUUUCUCAGACAGUUCCUGCUCUCUCCCCCAUCCCCUUGCCUCUUUGCCCUCAUUUAGCUCUUUGGCAAGCAGAAAUAUCCCAUCCAAAAGGGCCGGGAUCGGGGAACAGGGCACAGAGCCUGGUCAGGGAAUAGGGCAGCUGCCCCAGCCAUCUUCUGGAGACAGUCAUGUUGUUAGCAGCUGACCCAGAGAGAAUGUGACGGGGCCUGGCUUCUCACACAAGGACACAGGCUAACCGGAGGCCUGGGGCUCCUUCCUGCCACACUCAGGUCGGAGCUCACCUAUGAGCUCACAUCCCGAGUGGUGUGGUGAUCCCAGCCUUCUCACAGAGCCCUUUUUCCUUCUCCUCCCCAGUCCCAUCCCACCAGAGGUCAUGCCCACGCUGGGGCAUCUCCUGGGCACAGAUCCACACACGUUAAGCCAUCUCACCCGGGGAGAGUUUGUGUCCUGUUCACCUAACCUUGGCAUGCUGGUUGCUCACUUUGCUUUAGGAUCUGCACACCUAGUGUGUGUAAGUAUGUGUGUACUGUUGUGCCAUCUGUGUACCCCUCACUCCCUGGAGUACACUCAUGGGCACACUACAGUGGGGACGUCAAGGAUGCAAUAUUUAUGGAUUGCUGCAUGAUUCUUAAAAAUGAAUAAAACUGUUCACAAGGGAAGGAGAGCUGUUAA